AUGGAGACCAGGGUGAAGCGCGCGAUGGCGGUGCUGGCCGCGGCCCCGCAUGACAACGCUGAGGAUACCGGCUCCGCAGUCACUCCCUUCGCCAGGCUGCUCUGCGACGUGCAACGCAAGAUCGACGCACGCAAAACUGAGGACGCCGAUGAUUUUCACAAGGCUGCCUUUGCGAAUGCCGCGGCGUUGGGGCCGGCACUUGGGGCUCAGCUGAGCAGCUGGCUCUUCCUGUGGUCGGUCGCCUUCCUGCGACAUCCAUUGGCGGCCUCCCAUCGAUUCGAAGAAUUCGCUGCCGCAUGGUUGCCAAUUGCAGCUACUGAAGGCGCUCCCCCGACGCUUCUCCCCGCAUUGGGAAAGUCGGUGUUAACCGAUGUACUGAGUGCACCGGUCGAGCUCAACUACCUCGAGAUCUUCAUUGACAGGGUUAGAUCACUCGCUGGGAAGCAGCUGCAUUACGUUGAAACGCACCAGGCCCCGUCUUUAUCGCUGAUGAAUGUUUUCGGCCACGAAUCGAUGGAAAUCAAGGCGCACUUUGCGUGGUCCGUGCCAAACAAAGACGCUUUAGCCUUUGUGGCACAGCAUUCUCCGCUUAUAGAAGUUGGCGGCGGCUCUGGUUACUGGGCUGCGAUGUUGCGGAUCGCACCCUACAACGCAGACGUUAAGUGUUUCAACCGGCCAAUAGUACUUGAUGGUUUUGGACCGACCGAGGCAAUCGGGGCAAUGACCAAUGGCGGCGUCACGUUUGGCGAGCCUUCCUCUGUGCAACUGGGUGGCCCGGAGGUGCUCGACCGGGCGGAAGCUGAUGGUCGCACACUUCUUCUCAUGUGGCCCGACUACAAUGGCACCGGAUGCACCUUCGGGCUGCCUGGGAGGCCAGCGCACGGCCAGUCAUUUUCCCUUGAGGCCCAAGAAUUUGUCAAGAGCAGAUUCGACCUAGUCGAAACCAUCAGGCUCAGAGCCUCAGACCUCAGUGUCAUCCGUCACGAGACGGUGAUGGCGGGAAGGAAAAACGUCCACUCACUCGCGAAGGCGAGUUUCGAUUAA